AUGCCUUUUCGCUGCGGACUUACAGCUGUCUCUUGCCGGCGUGGCCGUUCAAAACUUUCUAAACUUGAAAGAAUCCCUGAGGAAUCUCUUAUCCUUCCCAGUGUUCCGGAUUGUGAACAUUGUGGUGCCAAGAGGUUUCACAUGGAACCUCCUUCUUUCUGCUGCCGUGGAGGCGAGGUUAAAAUUGUCUAUCCUCCCAUGCCUUACAGUUUGAAGCGUCUAUUUACUGGUUCUGAUGAGGAGUGUGAGGAUUUUCGAAGAAAGGCUCGCACUUAUAAUAACAAUGUAGAUUUUACAUCAUAUGCUGCAAAAUAUGACAGGGAAUUAACAAAGAAUAAACAUGGAGUUUAUACCUUUCGAGUUCAGGGUCAGGUUUAUCACUUUUUGAACUCUUUGCUGGCAAACGGUGAUCAGGCUAGUGGAAUUCAAUUAUAUUUUUAUGAUACUGAUGAAGUAUUAAAAAAGGCAUCUCAGAACUCUGAUAAGCUUCGUGAGGAUACUUUGAAGCUGCUUAUGAAUGUGCUCCAAGAUAAUCCUUAUGCAGAAUUUUUUAAAAGCUUAAGGGAUGUUCCAAACCUUGAGGAUCAUAGAAUUAUUCUCAAUUGUAAUCCUGGACUCAACCAGCGAGUAUAUAACCUUCCUACUACGUCCCAGGUUGCUGCUAUUUGGACUGAAACUGAUGAUCAUUCAGUUGAUAUGCGUCCUCACAUUCAAGUUUAUAGUCACUCUAGCACGAGUUAUAGAGUCCAGCCUUAUUAUGGAUGCUGUGAUUCUUUACAGUAUCCUCUUCUCUUUCCUAGAGGUGAAUCUGGGUGGCAUUAUGGAAUUAAACGAUUUCAUAAAAAGGAAAAAAAGGAAACUUUCUCUGAGGUGGACCCAUCUGUUGAUCUUUCUUCCACACAUACUCCAUCGCAAUUGUUGGAGUUAGAACAAAGAGUUGUUGACAAGGCUUCGACUGAAGACUAUUUUGUGUCUGCUAGAGAAUAUUAUUGCUACAAGUUCCAAGUCAGAGAUGAUGAUGCGUCUAUGUUGCUGCACAGUCUUGGAUUGUUUCAGCAGUUUGUCGUGGGUUCCUACAUUAAGAUUGAGACGUCCAGGCUUGACUUCCACAGAAGAAAACAGAAUGAAAUACACACAGAGGUGCUCCAAGGAGUUCUAGAUAGCAUUGCUAUUGGUCAGACAUAG